AUGGAGCCCUGGUUCCUGCUGCCGCUGCUCUCGGGGGCCCUGGCCCUGACCGCGACCUGCGCCGGUCCCCACACGCUGAGAGUAUUCAGCACCGCCGUGCACGGACCGGACCGCGGAAAGAACCGGUUCAUCGUCGUCGGCUACGUGGACGACACGGAGAUCGUGCGUUUCGACAGCGACACCCCGAACCCGAGGCUGGAGCCGAGGGCACCGUGGCUAGAGCAGCCGUGGGUGGAGGAGGAGCAUCCACAUUUUUGGGACUACUACACGCGGAGAAUCAAGAACUACGAGCAGAUGUAUGGAGGGAACCUGAACAACCUACGCGCCCACUACAACCAGAGCCAACACGGGUGUCACACCUUCCAGGAAAUGCGGGGCUGCGUCGUGGGGUCGGACGGGCGCUUCCUCCGCGGGUACACACAGUUCGCCUACGACGGCACCGACUUCAUCGCCCUGAACGAGGACCUGAGCUCCUGGACCGCGGCCGACAUGGCGGCCCAGAUCACCUGGCGCAAGUUAGUGGAGCUCCCUGAUGCGGGGCGAAGACGAGGAGUCCUGGGGGACCUAUGCGUGCACUGGCUCCAUCUGUUCCUGGAAAACGGAAAGAAGACGCUGCUCCGAGCAGACCCGCCAAAGACACACGUGACCCGCCACACCACCUAUGACCGUGAGGUUACCCUGAGGUGCUGGGCCCUGGGCUUCUACCCCGCGGACAUCACCCUGACCUGGCAGCGUGACGGGGAGGACCUGACCCAGGACACGGAGACUGUGGAGACCAGGCCUGCGGGGGACGGGACCUUCCAGACGUGGGCGGCCGUGGCCGUGCCCCCUGGACAGGAGCAGAGCUACACGUGCCGCGUGGGGCACGCGGGGCUGCCCGAGCCCCUGACCCUGCGAUGGGACCCCCCUCCUGGGACCACCGUCCCCAUCGUGGGCAUCGCUGCUGCCCUGGGUCUCCUUGGAGCUGUGGUCGCAGUGGCUGUGACGUGGAGGAGGACGCGCUCAGGUGGGCAGGGGUGGGGCCGAGGUCCCUGUCCCCCUGGGGGUCAGGCCCAGGUGGCCGUGUGCUCCGCCUCGUGAGUGGGCAUCGUACCCACACGGGUGCUGCCCAUCGGGG